CCCCGGCGUGUCUCCAGCACUCAGAGCCGUGCAGGCUGUGCUGGGAAGGGGAGUGUGCUCGGCGGGUGCACGGCUGCAACCUUCUCCCUUCUUUCUCACUAUUUUAGUCACCCCCACCCACCUACCUACCGGUCACCGAUCAGCUCGGCAAACUUUCCUGGGACGGACGAUCUGCACACACAGAUCCUGAGGAUUUCUAAAGAUGACUACUGAAAGUAUAUUAACUGUUGUGCUGACAAUGAAUGCUACAAGCAGCAUCCAGAACAUGACUCUGGAGGAGGAGGAGGUGUGUGACAACUGGAGAGAGAUCCACCACUUGGUUUUCCACUUGGCAAACGUGUGCUUUGCCCUAGGACUGGUCAUUCCGACUACUCUGAACCUGCAUAUGAUAUUCCUUCGUGCUUUUCUCUGCCUGGGGUGUGCCUUCUUUAUCAUUUGGGCAACUCUUUUCCGCUGUGCUUUGGAUAUAAUGGCUUGGAAUGCAGUUUUCCUGGUGAUUAAUUUUAUGCAUUUUAUAUAUCUGGUAUAUAAGAAAAGACCGAUCAAGAUAGAAAAGGAGCUGAAAGGUAUCUAUCACAAAAUGUUUGAGCCUCUUCACGUGCCCCCGGAGCUGUUCAAGAGACUCACUAGCCAGUUUUGCAGGAUUCAGUCCUUACCAAAGGGACAGACCUAUGCAAUGGAGGAUAAAACAUCUGUAGAUGACCGCUUAAGUAUACUGCUGAAAGGGAAGAUGAAGGUCUCCUAUCGAGGUCAUUUUCUUCAUAACAUAUAUCCCAAUGCUUAUAUAGAUUCUCCGGAAUUCAGGUCGACAGAAAUGGAGAGAGGAGAAAAAUUUCAGGUCACAAUCACAGCAGACGAUAAUUGUGCGUUUCUGUGCUGGUCUCGAGAGAGACUAACAUAUUUUUUGGAGUCCGAACCAUUCCUUUAUGAGAUAUUUAAAUAUUUGAUUGGUAGAGACAUUACAAAUAAGCUAUACUCGCUGAAUGACCCCACAUUAAGUGACAAGGUGGCAAAGAAAAUGGACAGGCAGCCAAGUCUGUGCUCACAACUGUCUGUAAUGCAGAUGAGAAACAGCAUGGCCAGCACAAGUGACAGUGAAGACGGUCUGCAGAACUUUCUACGGGGAACUUCAACUGCUUCUUCUCUGCCUCCAGAACUAUACGCUAAUUUGGUAGAUUCUAGUUAAAUAGCUUUGGCAUAACAUUUAAGGUUGGUAAAUAUGUAAGUAGCAUUUGAUGCAUGGCAUGACAGUUAAAGAGCAUUUUAUUUACAAAAGUUACAGAGCUAUGAAUCUUAAAGCAUGCUUUCGAAGGUUUUAUGGAAUGCACUGUCUAUAAAAAACAUAGAUAACUCUAGUAAGUUUGUUUAAGGGUAUUCUUUUCACUUUAUUGGACAUGUUUAUUUUUUAUUCUAUAUGUUUGAAUUUUUUUACCCCAAUCUAUAAAUGACAUUAUAGUAUAACCAUGACUAUAAAUGUCUUGGAUAAAAAGCUUGUCAUAACCUGUAACUCAGCAUCAACAAUACUACAUAUUGUUUCACAAGGCUAAGGUUAUUGAUGCAGCAAUAUGGAAGUAUUGUUUUUUUUUCAAAGCACGAUUGACUAAUAUAAAUUACAGUUGUAAAGAUAAGCUUACUAAACAAGACAAAGAGACAUACACAUAAUGAAGUAACUCACAGUAGCUUAAAAAAGUUAUUAUGUUGCCAACUUGAGACUGGUUGUUGCAGGCUACGGCACUCUACCCUCAAUUGUUGCUUUUUGAACUUCUAAACCUAAUAAAUAGUUUGCCUUUCUUUAUUAUUAUAAACAGUUUGGAAACUAAUUGAUGUGUUAACGUGUUUGACUAAGAAAAACUAACCAUCUGCUUU